UUUCUGUAAGGUCAAGCACAGCCAGAACUUGAAGAUCUCCAAACAUCAUGUCUAUCAUUAGGAAAAUUUAUGAUACGUUAGAUCAGUCUCAACACAGGUUAGAAUAAAUGUUUGACUACAAAGUGGGAGAGAUUUUUGUGAUAUGAAACGAACUCAUAUAAUGAAUUGAAGAUUAACUGGAGUUAAUAGAAGUAAUCCCAGAAUAUCUUUUCAUUUACACAGUGUUUCGUGAUAUCUGCAUUUAAACAUGCAAAGAAUUGUUCAAACAUCCUGUUAGAUCAAGGAAAAUGUGAAAACUGCAAACCAAAAGAAUUUUGAAUUGCAUCAUUUUGAUGCUAAAUUGCACUUUCACAGAGUCUGUUGACUCACUUAAAACAACACCAAAAUAAAUAUUUUCAGUCAGAUUUGUAGAGGACUUUGGUAAAAUUUGAAGGAUACAUAAAUAUCAUCAUUUCUGUAACAUGUGCAUUUGCUAUGAUAAGGGUAAAAAAUUAAUUGUAUCAAGCAGAAAUAUAUUCAGGCUACAAAAGAAUGAUUUUCUAAGCUAAUGUCUUCCCACUUCCAGAGUCAAGAGAUAACAUUCUGCCUAAUAUUUUACUUAACUCACCAGGCACACCAGUCUACUGUGUGGCUUUUUUUCUUGUCUUUGGAUUAAACAAAAAAAUGAUUGUAAUUCUGCUGAUGUCUAUGUCUGUGGUGGUGUACAGUGGUGGCCAAGACCUGGAGCCACCAGCAUUCCUGCCAGAGCUUCUUAACACGCCUGAGAGAAUCUUGAAUAAUGCCACACUCUUCAACGGAGUCUUUCAAAAUGUGGAAAGUGUUGCAUUAUUUUUUGACUGCCUGGGUUCUCACUUCACCUGGUUACAGUCCAUCUUCACUAACUUCCCUGCCCUUCUCAACUUUGUGAACAAGAUGAAGUGUGUUACUGGGUUUUGCCCCAGGGAUUUUGAAGACUAUGGUUGCUCUUGCAGGUUUGAGAUGGAAGGGCUCCCCGUGGAUGAAGUUGAUGAAUGCUGCUUCCAGCACCGCAAAUGCUACGAGGAAGCACUGGAGAUGGAGUGCACAUGGGACCCAUCAAAGAUUUCUACAGAUGUCAGCUGCUCUACUGAAAACCUGACCUGUGAGUCUGGGGAUCCCUGUGAACAGUUCCUCUGCACCUGUGACAAAGAUGCCAUUGAAUGCCUUGUGAAUGCACAUAUUAACUCUUCCCUGAAUGGGCUGGAUGUCUCCUUCUGUCCAUCUCCAAUUACAGAAACAAUCAGCAACAGAGAGCUGACAACACGUCAUACAGAAGAGCUCCUUCAUCGUGGGACUGAUGAAACAUGGACAGUGACUGCAUCUGUGGAAGAAGUGAUUUCUUUUGAGCCCAGUGAAAUGAUCUUGGUGACUCCCAAAGCCAGAGCAGAUGGAUUUAUGGCAGCUGUGGCCCCAGUGGAAGCGAUAACCACCUCCCCAGCCUCAUUCCCAGGAGAUAUUAACUCCAUGCAAGUCAAAAUUGUCCCCACCGAGAAGAUUUCCACAGGCACAUCUGCAAGGACAAAAGAAAAAGAGACAAGUCCUGCAAGGGGUGGCCCAAGCAUAGCUUCCUCUGCAAUAGCUCUGGAACCAGGACUGUCUGACAGGGGACCCAAUGAACCUGCAGGAAAAGUGUGUGAGCGAUUAACCUUUCUGCAAGAGAGGGGAAGUGGAAGAGCGAAGAGGGAGCUGCCCCAGCUUGGAGAAAUGCUGUUCUGCUUAACUGAGCGAUGCCCAGAGGAAUUUGAGUCUUAUGGUUGCUAUUGUGGCCAAGAGGGAAGAGGUCAUCCCACCGAUGCACUGGACAGAUGCUGCUUCUCUCAUCACUGUUGUAUGGAACAAGUUAAGAAACUUGGAUGUCAUGCAGAAAGAAGUUCCAGAUCUGAAGUAUUAUGUAUUGAUCAUACGCCAAAAUGCAUUGGUUGGAGCAUAUGUGAGAAACUCCUCUGUGCUUGCGACACGGCGGCAGCCGAGUGCAUGGCCUCUGCCUUCUUCAACGAGAGCCUGAAGCUUCCACAUGGGCGGGAGUGCCGGGAGGAGAAAGCCUUCUGUCAAAGUGACCCUUAUGAAAGGCCCCCAAUAGGCACAGAAACAGGCACAGGUGUUUCCAGCUCUGAGGAGAGUAGUGAAGAGGAGGGUCCACUGCGGAGACCAUUAAGAAGAGGAAAGAGAGGGACACGCCGUUCCGUUGGGAACUCCAGAACUGUGGGACGUGGAGGCAGAUAACCAGCCACCUUCAUGGGCUUGGGAAGCAGCACGGAGCCUUUUGCAGUCAGCCACCGUGUACCUUACUCCUCCUUACCCUCUACAGGCUGCCUUACACAGCACACAGAUGAUGUAAUCAUAGACUAGGUAUUAGAGUUAGGCUGUAUUAACUCAUUACUGUAGGGAGGUCAGCAUUACAGACCAUCUAUCUAGGUCAGAUACAACACUAAAUAAUUAUUUGACAGUGUUCUGUAUAAUUUCACUUAAUUUUUAUGUAAAACCUGUUCUGAUCACAGACUGAUUUUUGUUAACUGUGUGCUUGGUUCGGAUUAAAUCUCGCUGAUGGUGGCUAAGUAUUUCAGGUUUUUAAUUAAACCAAUCUGUAACUACUGCAA